AUGAGUUCGAUCAACGGUGUUUCCACUUCAUCACUUUUAUCUGUUUCUACCGCACCGUCAUCAUCGCUCAGUACCAUUCGGAAUAUUGAUGAUCGUAUGAAACCAAUUGCCUAUUGGCGUCUGCUAAUUUCACCUAUGAGUUGGUUUCAUUGUUUUCAAUUGCUUUAUCAAACUCAAUCAUAUUGUCGUCGUAAAUCUCUUAUCUAUUAUUUAACUAUUAUUACUUUAUUAUUUCUAUUAGCUUCGUGGUGUACAUUAUAUUGGUAUAUUAAUUUUGAUAGUGGACUGUAUUUAACUUUGUUGGCAGAUGUAUCUGCUGGAAGAAUAAAUAUAACGGAUGCUAAACAUGAAUUCACUCAGAUCUUUUGGCAAACAUCAAUAAAAGCAUUAUUUAUAGGCAUUUGUUUUGGUUUAAUUAUGUUGUGUCAAACGUGUCUUGCUGCACAAUGGCGACAACGUUUGUGUGAUCAGUUUCAUCGUUUGUUGUUCACAAGUAGCUCGAACGGAAGUGUAUUGUAUUACUCGUCAAUUUCGACCACCGAUGAUUUAUCUACAAUACUAACAAAUGAUAUUCGUCAAUUUACUACUCAUAUGUGCAUAGCUCUAUUUGGUUCAUUAUAUUUCAGUGGUUUUAUAUCAAUCACCUCAUCUAUAAUCGCAUUCAGUAUUUGGAUAUAUAAGCAGACACAAGGUGAUUAUACUGGUUUAAUGAUUAUGUUUGGAACAUUUUUUAUUUGUACAAUUUUCAUAACAAUAAUUAGUAAUAAAUUCAACAUGAUCACAGCUCAACAAUCAAGACUAAAAGGUGAAUUACGUUCCUUUUUACAACGAAUACAAAUAAACAGUGAAUCCAUUUCAUUCUAUACAAGUCAAUUAGUUGAACAUAAAUAUUUUAAACAAUUUCAAACUAGUGUACAUAAAUAUAAUUUAUUAGCAUCAGUAUGGUAUGGAAUUGUCAAUUUACCGUUAAGUAUGAUGGAUGAAUAUCCAAGAGAAAAAGCUAAACGUCAUCAAAAGCGACAUACGGGAGCAACGGGUCUAAAACACAAACCUUCAUUAAGUGGAUUGAUUACAUAUGUUCUACCGGCAGUACUCUUCUUCUUUAUCCGAACAUCACAAUCGCAAACACCAACAGCAGCAACAAAAUAUAUUGGUAUAAUUGCCUUCUAUGGCUAUGUAUUUGGUCUAAUGACAACUCUCGUAUGGAUAACAGAAUCGAGUUUAAUAGCAGUUACAAUGGGUCAUCGUAUUCGACAAGUGAAACAGCGUC